UUCCCCUGAUCCGCGGACUACGGUUGCAGCCAUGUCGGAGACCGCGCCCGUCGCCGCCCCCGCUGUGUCUGCUCCCGGUGCUAAGGCCGCCGCCAAGAAGCCGAAGAAGGCGGCGGGCGGCUCGAAGGCCCGGAAGCCCGCGGGCCCCAGCGUCACCGAGCUGAUCACCAAGGCUGUGUCCGCCUCUAAGGAGCGCAAGGGGCUCUCCCUCGCCGCGCUCAAGAAGGCGCUGGCCGCUGGUGGCUACGAUGUGGAGAAGAACAACAGCCGCAUCAAGCUGGGGUUGAAGAGCCUCGUCAACAAAGGUACCCUGGUGCAGACCAAGGGCACCGGUGCUUCUGGUUCUUUUAAGCUCAACAAGAAGCCAGGCGAGACAAAGGAGAAAGCAACUAAGAAAAAGCCGGCAGCCAAGCCCAAGAAGCCGGCAGCCAAGAAGCCUGCCAGCGCUGCCAAGAAGCCCAAAAAAACAGCAGUGAAGAAAAGUCCCAAGAAAGCGAAGAAGCCGGUGGCUGCUGCUGCCAAGAAGGCUACUAAGAGCCCUAAGAAGGCUGCUAAGGCAGGUCGCCCUAAGAAGGCAGCAAAGAGCCCGGCUAAAACCAAGGCCGUGAAGCCCAAAGCAGCCAAACCUAAAGCAGCCAAGCCCAAAGCUGCCAAGGCAAAGAAGGCGGCGCCCAAAAAGAAGUAAAAAGACUGAGAAGCAAUUACAGUCUACUCAUUUAAAUAAACCCAAAGGCUCUUUUAAGAGCCACCCA